GCCAAGAUGUGGAAGAAGUCAAAGGUCACAGACCAGACAGCCACUGGCCAAGGAGGCCCUUCAGAGGCUGAACAGGAAGAAGAUAAAAAAGCUGGCAUCAAGAAGAGGUCCAAGGUCCCUGGGGUUAUGAUCACGCAGUUUAUAGAGGAUCUACCGGAGGGCAAGAGCACCCCAGACUUCCUUCGCAAACCCAUCGCUCUAACCAUUCAAGAGGGUAAAUUAGCAAUUUUCAAAGCCCAUGUGUGUGGGGAUCCCAAACCAGAGGUGACAUGGGGAAGAGCUAAAGGGGAUAUGUCAGACACAGAAAGAUUUCAAAAGAAAUAUGAUGAACCUACUGGUGAAUACACUUUAGAGAUUCCCAGAGUGUCUGGAGAGGAGGCAGACACUUACAAAUGCUAUGCUACCAAUGAAUAUGGCAAGGCUAUUUGCACCGCUGCAUUGAAUGUGAUUGAGGUUGGAUUCAAGAAGCAGAAGGCCAUGGAGCAGUUAGAAGACAUAGGUUCAGUAGAUCCAGCAGAGUUCAGGAAAUUGCUCAGAAAAAGGAAGGGAGUGGACAAACAGGAAGCAGUGAAAGAACCUGGAGAAAUCGAUGAAAGGUUCUGGGAAAUCAUCAUGACUGCAGACAGGAAGGAUUAUGAACGAAUCUGUGCUGAGUUUGGUGUCAAAGACUUCCGUGUGAUGCUGAAGAAACUCAAUGAGAAGAAAAAGGAGCGAGAGGAGGAACAGGCCAAGUAUAUUGAGACCAUCAGUAACCUGAAACAUAUUGAUAUUAAAGGAGUAGGCAUUGCUUCGUUUGAGUUUGACCUUGAGCUCAAAGACCCCGCCAGUAGGAUUUUCCUCUACAAGGAUGGUGUAAUGAUUCCCUACAGUGAUGAGGAAGAUAUGAAACACAGCUUAAAGACUGUUGGGAAGAAGUUCAUAUUCAGUGUGCGGGACCUUAAGGCAGAGGAUGCUGGGCUCUAUCAGGUGGAUGUUGAGGAGGUCAAUCUCUUCUCUACAGACUUCAAGUUUUCCACAGUGGAUUUCAUUGUCAAGAUCCAGGAGGUGAAGGCCAAAGAGAGAGAGGAUGCUAUGUUUGAGUGUGUCCUGUCACAUCCCUGCCCCAGAAUCAAAUGGAUGGGCAAGAACGCCACUCUGGAGGAGGGAGAGAAAUACACUAUAACUGUGUCAGAAGACAAGCUGAUACACAGACUGCUAAUAAAAGACUGUAGCCAGCUGGACAAGGGCAUCUACUCUGCUGCGGCAGGAAUCAAGACAUGCAGUGCCUGGCUGAUAGUGGAAGAUCCAGGGGUUCAGUUCGUAAGCGGGUUGUCGAACGUCCAUGCCCUCAUAGGCCAGCCUGCUGAACUGAUGUGUAAGCUGAGCAGUGAUAAUUGUGAAGGGGCCUGGUACAGAGAUAGCAAGAAGUUGACUGCAGACGAUGGACACAUAAUGUCCAGAGAUGGUGCAAGCCACAAGCUGGUCAUCAACCGUUGUCAGGAGGAAGACUCUGGAAAAUACCGCUUUGAGGCAGACGGGCGUAAAACUGAGGCAAUGCUGAAUGUGGAAGACCCUCCUAGGUUUGACACUGAUGACCUGUCAGCAUUCUCUCAGCCGGUCAUAGUCAAAGUGGGGAAUAGCACCACGUUCAAACUGCCCUUUGUGGGCCGCGAGCCCAUGAAGAUCCAGUGGUACAGAAAAGGAGAGCAGCUCCUGGACGACAACACCACCAAGAUAGAGAAGUCCUUCAACCAAAGCCGCCUGCUCCUCAGCAAGUGCCAGCGCAAAGACACUGGAGAGAUCAAGAUCAAGCUCAAGAACGAACAUGGUACCAUGGAGGCUAUCACAAGACUCAUCGUCCUCGCCUUUCCUAGUAGCCCCGCCCCACCAAAAGUGGCUAGUGCUUUUAACAACUGCAUCAACCUGACAUGGUCUACCCCGACCGACACUGGCGGAUCUCGCAUACUGGGCUACAACUUGGAAAAACGCAAGAAGGGGAGUAAUCUUUGGAGUCCCGUCAACCCUACAGAUGAGCCUAUCCAAGAAAAGAAAUGUGAAGUGACAGAUGUUGUAGCAGGGAACGAAUAUGAGUUCAGAGUUUAUGCUAUCAACGUCUCUGGAUUCAGCGAGCCCAGUGCACCUUCAGAGUUUAUUUUCGCAAAGGACCCAAAAAAUCCCCCAGGGAAAGUGGAAGAUCUGAAGGUGACAGACACCUCCUACACCGCCCUCUCCCUGUCCUGGAACAAACCCACAGAGGAAGUGGGGGUCCAGGAUGAGGCCAAAGGGUAUUUUAUAGAGGUCAGGCAGGCUGAGUGCAUAGACUGGACCCGCUGUAAUGCCACCCCCAUCAUCCUGACCGCCUUCACUGUGAAAGGCCUGAAGGCCAUGGCCAUGUACUGGGUCAGGGUGAUCGCUAUCAAUGAUGGAGGAGAGGGAGUGCCCCAGGAUCUGGACAACUACAUCCUGGCCAUGCCUCCACCUGUGAGACCAUGCUUCACCGAUAAUAAGAUGAAGAGUUUCAUGGUGGUGAGAGCAGGGAAUUCUGUCAGGAUCCUCUUGAACUUUGAGGCAUCCCCAUGGCCAGAAGUCACGUGGCUGAAGGACGAUGUUCCAGUGCUGAAGCGGGUCAAUAUCUCCAACUCUGAAUCGUCAUCUCAACUUCUGAUCACUUCUUCUGAGCGCUCUGAUUCAGGGAUCUACACCAUAGUGGUAAAAAAUCUGGUGGGCCAGGAGAGCUUCAGUGUGGAGGUCAGGGUUACAGAUGAUCCCAAGCCUCCAGGACCAGUAGAACUUGAGGAGAACGUCCCAGGCACUGUGACAGUGAUCUGGGAGCCAUCCCCUGAUGAGAAGCGUGACGACCACCUCCACUACUCUGUGUCUAAACGGGACUCCACCAAAGGCUCAUGGAGCACAGUGGCCGACAGGCUCUUCAACAACAAGUUCACGGCUUGUAACAUUAUGCACGGCAGGGAGUACCACUUCAGGGUCUACGCCAAGAACGACAUGGGCAUGUCUGCCCCGUCUGAGUCUCCCACUUGGGGAAGCGAGAGGAGGAAAGACAAAUUUGUGUUGAACAUGCCAGCCUACAAAACCUGUGAUUUGCGGACCGCUCCAGCCUUCCUUGUGCCACUGAGACAGCACACAGCACCCAAAGGCUACGAGUGCUAUAUGAGCUGUGCCAUAAAGGGAAAUCCCAAGCCUCGCAUCACUUGGUACCGCAACAACAUCAGUCUCAACACUAACACCAACUACUUGAUCACCAACAUCUGUGGCGUCUGCUCCUUGCUGAUACUCCGUGUGACCCCCAAAGACUGGGGCGAGUACAACAUCCAAAUAGAAAGUGCCCUGGGGAGGGCCGAGUGCUCCACCAAACUCACAGUCAGAGGUGAGAACUCCACUGACCUACUCUGAUAAAUAUGUUUAGUACCUCGGUGUGAGUUGGAAUAUAAUUAAAUGUAAUAAAAAUAGGGUAAUAUUGUUUCUCUCUUUCUCUCUCUUGCUCACAGAAUGAAGAAACAUUUUACAGUGCUUCAGUAUGUAGAGGCAUUAUUAUGUAUCAAGGUGGAAAAUGUCAAGUUUGUUAUAUGAUUGAAUUAAGUUAUUUUCCAAAAUGCAUGGCUGUACUGCUUGUAAGACAUGCACUGUGUUUGUUGAGGAUAGGAAGUAAAAAUCAGAGUUAUCGUUUUUGAUCAUUAUGUUUGAUGUGGAUAUUUCACGACCUAAAAGGACCUGAAUUGAGAUGGCAUUGACCCAACCUGAGUUUCCUAGAUUUAAAUUAAUUCUGAUCCUAAAUCACUUGAGAUUACCAAAACCCUCUCCAAUUUUUUUGUAAUGUUAAACAUACAAAUUUAAUGCUGAAUAAUGUUGACAUUCCUCAUAAAAAAAAUAUUAGAAAGUGACCGAAAGUGUACACACACACAUACAGAAAGUGUUGUGUAAAGCCUGUGGAAGUGAUGGUAAUAGACAUGAAUGCAGUGGACAGAUUACUGUAGGUCCCAUGAAAUACAAAAUAUGACAACAGAAAAUAAUUGAGCUGUGCUGUCAAUUUUUUUGAGAACUCAACUAUGUCACUUGUAAGGUGCAAUGCAAAUAAAGAGUUUGGCAAAGUUGUUGUGAUUGUGAAAUGUUUUUUAAGGCUUUUUGAAAGACCUAUUCAUAUUUUAGGCUACAUACUGAUAAUUGGCCUACUCAGUCACUAAGAAGCUACAUGACAUGGUGGUGCCGAACUAAAAUUAUAUACAGUGCAUUCAGAAAGUAUUCAGACCCCUUGACUUUUUC